GCGGCUGUUUUCAGUGGUCGUGGGUUUUGUCGCAUCUGGCGCGAACAGAAACUUGAGUUUCAAGCCCUGUGGGAUUUCCUUGUUAGAUACUUGUGAUGUGCACACCUGGGGAAAGUGGAGAAAUAAUCAUCCUCAGUGAUGAUGAAGAGGACAUGGACUCGGAGACUGAGGCGUCCUGCCUCAUUGUGGAGGCGGAGGAUGUGAAGAAGGCUGACGGCGUGUCGCCCCCUGGCGGCCUGGAGGAGGACCUGGUCGUCACCUUCUCCCGCCGCGCUGACGUGCUCCCUCACGCCCGCUACGACUGUCCCAUACACGCCUUCACGGCUGCAGAUUGUGAGACUGAGGCUCCAGUGGACAAUAAUCAUCGGAUUUGUGAUCAGUGCUUCUGUUACAUCUGCGAUAAGCUGGCAUCGUCGUGUGUGAUGUGGUGUCACAGAGGAAUAUGUCACUGCAACAGCCACAAGAAAAGCGACUUUUGGAAAAACCUCAGAAACUGUGCUCUGCUGGGAGACCUGAAGCCGUUCAACCUCACUCUGUCAGAAAUAGACUCCCACCUCCGGGAAGCAGAAACCAGGCUGCAGUGCUUCAGACAAGAGCUUUCUGGACAUUUAUCAUCCUUCGUGAUGGGACAGAUGCUGCCCAAGGAGCAAGUCCGCGUCUACAAUUACACACCCGUAUUCAAGUUUGUGUCAUCGUUCCUGGACGAAGCAGAUAAACGGGACAGCAGAGCUGCAGCCAUCAUGAAUCUUGGAGCUGCUGAAGAGUUCAUUAGAAAUUUUCAAGUAUCAAGCCCAACGUUAUCGUCUCCCUGGGCUAAUGCUAAUCUAGCUAGGAUGGCGUUACUGCAAAGGGUAAUAGCAUCAGUACAGAAGCUAAUGGUGAAGGCUGAUUUUACCCCAGAUUUCAUCCACAAACUGCAGGAUUUUUAUCAGAAAAGACUAUAUUUCACAGCUGAGAUGAAGGGCUUGCGGAACAGCCUGUGCGUUCGUCCCUGGGACGACGUCCUGCUGGUGUCUGUGCUAAAGGGGCAGAAUGUGUCAGGCUUCCGUAAGGACAAAGGCAAGAAGGACGUCCUGGCUGAACAGAUUUCUGUGGUUCUGCUGAGAAGUGAGCUGCUUCAGCGUCAGCACAGAUAUAGAGAGUUGUGUCGCUAUCUACGCGUCGUCCAGGCGAUUCCAAACUCCAGAACCUUCCAGCAGUUACAAGACCUCAUCCCUUUCUUCACGUGCAUGGAAGGGGACUUUACAACAGCUGUGAAAAGCUUGUUCUCUUCAUACAACGCCCCCGCCUCCCGCUUCACUCCACAAGUCUUCCUCUUUUAUCUACGCUUAUUUAAAACGGCGACGGCACCAAAGGUGACGGUUAGUCAGCCGGAGCAGCUCUGCCUCUCUGAUGCAGCAUGGGAUCCAAUUACAGUUGCUGUGCCACUGAAGCCUGCUGAGCUUGUGAAGUUUGCCCUCAGGGCUCAGGUGUGCUCCUCUGCCGUCUAUAGUGACUCACAGUGUUGGUGCAGUUUGCUUAUAAUCGCCAACUCUCCUUGUGGUUCAGUCACUGCUUUACCUGUACCCAGACCAGAGUUUCUCCACGAGGCGAGGAAUGUUGUGAAGUUGAUCCUGCCUACUCAGCAGGACUCCAGCAUUCAGAUCCCACGAUCCUUUCAAGAGGAGUACCCAGAUCAGGCGUUACUGCUGUUGGUAGCUGGAGCUUUGAGUUUCAGAAUCAGCUUUGCUCCUCUGACUCCUGCACUGCCGGUGAUCAACACUUUUAAGGAAAAUUUGUGGGCAUUUCAGUGGUUGUGCGACGGCUUGUCAUCGAUUAAUAAAGAUCGACUCAAAUCCUUCUUUCAGGAAGUCACACAGGAGGUGGCAAACACAUCGGCAGUCCAUUGGAUGUUAAGCUCGGCUCCUCUCGUAAAAAGCACCCUCACACAUUCAACCUGACUGGAGUAUUUCCUGAUUUGCACGUCUUCGGGGACCUGUCCACCUGUUGCAGAAGUGUGUGCUCUACAUUCGGGUGAAUACUGUGAAGGGUUGCCAACUUCCUGCACCUGUAUGCACAGACCAGGUGCUGCCAGCAUUAAAUACUUCAAAAACACCCUCCCCAAUUUUCUAAAGGGAGCAUCUUCGUUCCUCCUGCUUUUUUACCUUUUGUGCCAAUCAUUUUUCAGAUGUCAAUAUUGAAUGAUUGUUUCCACAAGUGCUUCUAGAUAUUUGCGUUUAUUCUAUAUUUUCAUCAGAGUUCAUAUUGGUAAAGAAGCCGAAAAGAAAGUUAACAAGAAUCUUUGAUAAAAUAAAAGUAUUUAUUCUUUGAACUGUUUCUCAGAUUGUACGUAUGGCUUUAUUUUCCGAGUAAU